CGUGGCGGAGACGGUUGUGAAAAAAGUUUGGUCCCCCAUUGACCGUGGUUUUGUUGGGCCUGGGCAAUUGGUGUUUUUUUUUGGUGUGCUCCUACUUUUUUUUUAGUUGUUGGUGUUUUUGUUGUCCUCGGAAUACCUAUUUGAGAAGACGAAGAAGAAGCAAGAGAGGGGAUCAUCAUUAUUAGGUUUUAUUUUAAUAUUUAAAUGCAACAGUGAAUUGUUUUUUAGUUCGAUCCCAAACAAGAGAAAUCUCAGGGGAAACAGGGUCGAACUGCUAGUAUUGCUGAGAGCGCUCUCCGGGAGCUUUCUCUUUCUCUCCAUUAAAGGAAAACACGCCGAAAGAGGAAAACAAGAAAUUCCUUAAUUUUAGUGCACAGAAAAACAAAAAGUUAACAAAAAACAACGCGGUGGACACCAGCACGGGAAACGGUUAGCGUGCUUCCACCCCAUCUGGAAGGGGCGUCUUUCCCUUCCUCCCUUCCGUCGAGCGUCCGUCCAUCCACACCUACACGUCAUCAACUGACGGUAGGUGUCGCCCCACGCCCCAAAACAAUGGGAACGCAGUCGCGAAGGCGAAAAGAGGAUAACAAGGAUCGAUGGAAAACUGGCAGUGAAAGGCAAAGUGUUGUGAUGCUUUCGUCGACGGCAGUUUCGAUUGGGUGGUUCUUCUAUCUGCUGGUGCUGACCUCUAGCGGGGGACCCAUCAGUACGGUCCGGGCCGAAUCGGCCCGAGUAGAGUUAGUAGGUGCAAGUACAUUUAGGACUGAUACAGACGUGCCAUGUCCGCCGGGGUUGUUCCGAUGUGCCGAGGGCAAGUGCAUCCCUCAGACGUCGGUGUGCAACUACCAGAAGGACUGCGACAAGGGCGAGGACGAAUUCAACAACUGUCCUCCGCCGGAAUGUGAGCAGGGCCAGAUCAGCUGCGGUCAGUACGUGUUCAACAAAACGUACUGCAUACCGCCGCACUACAAGUGCGACAUGACGGUCGACUGCGUCGAUGGGACGGACGAAUCCGACUGCACGUACCGCAAGUGCCAGGCGGAUGACAUCCACUGUGGCGUGCCGCCGCCCUCGCCGGGUGCCCCCUUGACUGGGACCCGGGCCGAUAUCUGCGUGCCAAAGGAGAAGAAGUGCGACGGCUAUCUGGAUUGCCGGACCGGGGUCGAUGAGGAGGGUUGUUCGGGAGUGGCCUGCCGGCUGGAUCAGUUCCGGUGCGCUAAUGGGCAGCGCUGUAUCGAUGUGGCGCUCAAGUGCAACCACAAGAAUGACUGCUCGGACAAUUCGGACGAGAUGAACUGCAGUUUCCCACCGUGUCACGGGGGCCAGUUCCGAUGUGCAAAUGCGCUUUGCAUACCAGCGACGUUCCACUGCGACGGCUAUCACGAUUGUGCCGAUGAAAGUGACGAGGCGAAUUGUACCGCCAUUGCCUGUCCCGAUAACAAGUUCCUGUGCCCCCGGGGAGGGCCCAAUGGGCAGCCCAAAUGCAUCGCCAAGACCAAGCUGUGCGACGGGAAGCGGGACUGCGAGGACGGGACCGACGAGGAAACGGCUUGCUCUACCGCCAGCUGUCCAGCCCUGGGAUGCGAACACAAGUGUGGACCGUCGCUAACCGGUGGAGUUUGCUACUGUCCCCCGGGUCGAACACUGUCGGCCGACAACCGAACCUGUACCGAUCUGGACGAGUGUAACGAGUGGGGUCACUGCGAUCAGCUGUGUACCAAUACGGAUGGAUCUUAUAUCUGCGCCUGUGCCAGUGGGUAUACGUUGACGGAAAAGUCCCACUGUCACGCCCCUUCAGCGUCGAGUAUGGAGUUGAUCUUCGCCUAUGAUCGGGCUAUCGUGCGGAUGGGUGCUCACGGGGAGUCGUUUAGAACCAUUGCCAACGCAACGGGGGCAAGUGGGUUAGCCUAUCAUCAUUCGAGGAAUCUGCUGUUCUGGUCGGAUAUAAAGACGAGGAAGGUUCAGAGCCAGGCGCUGCAGAAUGGAGGUUACGGAGGGUAUGAUUUCACGCUGCCCGGAACUUGGGCACCGGUAGCGAUCGCCAUCGAUUGGAUCGGGGAUAAGAUGUACGUUGCUGAUUUGGUGGGGCAGAAGGUUGACGUUUUUGAAUUGGAUGGGCGAUGGCAUGCGGUGGUGUUGGGUUCCAAUUUGACAAGUCCGGCAGAUUUGGCCUUGGAUCCUACGUCGGGUUUGAUGUUCGUGGCCGAUGGAAGUCAUGUGUUGCGAGCCCACAUGGAUGGUACUCAUGCGAAGUCAAUCGUUUCGGAGGCCGCGUAUAAGGCAUCGGGAGUGUCUGUUGAUGUGAUUGCGAAGCGGGUCUUUUGGUGUGAUUCGUUGCUAGAUUAUAUUGAGUCUGUAAACUACGAAGGCGAGCAUCGAGUAAUGAUCUUGAGAGGUCAACAGGUUCCUAGCCCUUCGAGGUUGGCUCUGUUUGAGAAUCGAGUGUAUUGGACCGAUGCCACAAAGCAAGGAAUCAUGUCCGUGGAUAAGUUUUUGGGAUCCUCGAGUAUCCAAUCGAUAUUCAAAGCUAAGGACAUUCGGGAGCCUAAAGCUAUCGUGGCUGUUCAUCAGUUGACCCAGCCGAAGGUUUCAAGCCCAUGUGGAAACAACAACGGAGGUUGCUCACAAAUGUGCGUUGUUACGGCUGUUCAAGGAGCUCCUUCCGGAUUAGGCUAUCGCUGCGCUUGUAACAUCGGUUGGCAGCUGUCAUCUGAUCUGCUGAACUGUCAGCAGGUUCGUCAAUUCCUGAUGUACUCCCAGCAACGAUUCAUCAAGGGAAAGGUUCUCGACCCAGUUAUUGAAGGUUUCAGUGAUGCAAUCCUCCCGGUAGUGUCUCGGCGAGCUCGAUUCGUCGGUUUGGACUUCGACGCCGUCGAUGAACACAUCUACUACUCGGACGUAUUGCAAGACGUGAUCUACCGAGUUCACAAGAACGGAACGGGUCGAGAGAUCGUACUGGCUUCGCAGAACGAAGGUGUUGAAGGCCUAGCCGUCGAUUGGGUCUCGAAGAACUUGUACUACAUCGACAGUCGAAAGGGAACGCUAAACGUCCUCUCGACGAGGAAUGUCACCUAUCGGCGAACUCUGUUGAAGAACUUGAAACGCCCACGUGCAAUCGUUGUUCACCCGAACAAAGGUUACAUCUACUUCUCAGAAUGGGAUCGUCCAGCUAACAUCAGCCGAGCUAACUCCGAUGGAACAGGUUUGCUUGUUUUUAAAAACGUAACCCUCGGUUGGCCAAAUGGUUUGUCGAUCGACUUCAAGGAAGAUCGGGUGUAUUGGUGUGAUGCUCUAUUAGAUCACGUUCAACACUCCAACUUGGAUGGUACCGACGUUAAAACGGUAAACUCCCGACUCAUUCGACACCCGUUCUCGAUCGUGAUCCACGACGAGUGGAUGUACAUCACGGACUGGCGUCUGGAUGCGAUCGUUCGGCUGAACAAACUAACCGGUGAACAGGAGGAGAUCAUGGUCCGCGAACCGCAAACCAAUCGACUGUAUGGCGUCAAAGUUUACAGCCACGAUGUUCAGGUCAUUGACGGAGGACAACCUUGCGGAAUAAACAAUGGUGGGUGCGAGAAGAUGUGCUUCGCCGUCCCGAGGAACAACUCCAAUGGGCUGAUGGUCAAAUGCGGCUGUCCUUAUGGGGAACGCCUUGGGGAUGAUGGACGUAGCUGCUUUGCCGAUCCCAAUGCCGAACCACCUAUGCAGUCGUGUCCCAAUACGUGGGACUUUACCUGCAACAAUCAGCGCUGUAUUCCAAAGAGCUGGAUCUGCGAUGGGGAUGACGACUGUCUGGACAACAGCGAUGAGGAGCAGAACUGUACCAAACCAACCUGCGGAACGAACGAAUUCCAGUGUAAAUCGGGUCGCUGUAUUCCACUUAACUUCCGGUGCGAUCAUGAGAACGAUUGCGGCGAUCAUUCGGACGAGUUCGAGUGUGGUAAUGUGACGUGUGCUGCUUCGCAGUUUGCCUGUGAAAACGGGCGCUGUAUUCCGAACAUCUGGAAGUGCGACAGCGAGAACGAUUGCGGCGAUGGAUCGGACGAAGGGGAUUUCUGUGCCGAGAAGACUUGUGCCUACUUCCAGUUUACCUGUCCCAGGACCGGGCACUGUAUUCCGCAGAGUUGGGUUUGCGAUGGUGAUGACGAUUGUUUCGAUAAGCAGGACGAGAAGGAUUGUCCGCCGAUCACGUGUUUGGCGAAUCAGUUUAAGUGUAACGAUUUGAGACAAUGUGUAGAAGAAACGUACAAGUGUGACGGUAUUCCCGAUUGUAACGAUGGAAGUGAUGAGUUGGGUUGUCCUACGAUGGAACCGAAUCAGUGUAAUUUGGAGAAACACUUCCGAUGCAAGUCUUCCGGGGUUUGUAUUCCGGUCGCUUGGCAUUGUGAUGGGUCCAACGAUUGUGAAGAUCACUCGGAUGAGGAAGAUUGCGGCAAGAUUACGUGCCCGAAUAACUUCUACAAGUGUAAGAACUCGAAGUGUGUGUACAAGUCAUACAUCUGUGAUGGAAAGGAUGAUUGUGGAGACAAUUCGGAUGAAGGAGUUGAACAUGCUUGUGUGACGCCACCAUUGAGAUGUCCAAACGGACAAUGGGCUUGUCCAGGAAUAACAGGUCGAUGCGUUAAUCUUACGUCGGUCUGUGACGAAGUUGAAGACUGUCCAAACGGAGCUGACGAAGGUGUUGGGUGUGACCUGGCACAGUGUCAACACCAAACGGGAUUGUGCUCGAACGGAUGUCAGAAAACACCGCUGGGAGCUUUGUGUAUUUGUCCACCGGGUGAAGAACUGGCUCCAGAUAACUUCACCUGUAAAGAUCUCAACGAGUGUGACCCUCCUGGUCUCUGUUCUCAGGUAUGUACGAAUACUAAGGGUUCCUACUUCUGUUCGUGUAUGGACGGCUACAUCCUAGAACCUAACAAACACUCAUGCAAGGCAGUGAAUCAUUCGUCAGCGUUCCUAAUAAUCUCCAAUCGUCAUUCGAUCUUGGUUGCCGAUUUAAACGAGCAAGGUCUUGAACGUGUUCCGAUUAUCGUUGAAAAUGUUGUCGCUACAGCCUCUAACAUGCAUACAGGAACCAUCUUCUGGAGUGAUAUGAAAUUAAAGAAGAUCUCCCGAUUGGAUCGUGGACAAGAACCUCGUGAGAUCAUCUCGACUGGUUUGGAUCUGGUAGAAGGCCUCGCGUACGACUGGAUCGGACAAAAUCUGUACUGGUUGGACAGUAAACUGAAUACGAUCGAAGUCUGCAACGAAAAUGGCUCCAACCGAAUGGUUUUGGUUCGUGAAAACAUAACUCAACCUAGGGGUAUGUGUUUGGAUCCUAGUCCAAAUGCGAAGUGGCUCUUCUGGACCGAUUGGGGUGAGAAUCCUCGCAUCGAGCGUAUCGGCAUGGAUGGAACUAUGAGACAGACAAUUAUCAACACCAAAAUCUACUGGCCCAACGGUUUGACUCUGGACACAGCUACCCAAAGGGUCUACUUUGCCGACUCCAAGCUUGAUUUUAUCGACUUCUGCUACUAUAACGGAACAGGACGACAACAGGUUUUGGCAGCUAGCCACUACCUGCUACACGCUCAUUCCCUAUCUCUGUUCGAAGACACCUUGUACUGGACUGAUCGACAGUUGAAUCGAGUCCUAUCGGCCAACAAAUUCCGAGGAACCAAUCAAACGGUUGUCUCCCAUUUGAUUUCGCAACCCCUCUCGAUUCACGUUCAUCAUCCAUCUUUACAACCCAUGUACGAGAGUCCUUGCAAGUCGGCAAGCUGUCAACACAUCUGUCUAUUGAGUCCGUCGGAGAAGACGGGAUACUCCUGUAAGUGUAAACCGGGCUACAAACUGCUUUCUGAAGGUCGAUGCGUUGAAGAGGAAAACGCUUAUCUGAUGGUGUUGAAGGGUAAUCAGAUCGUGGACAUUCCGUUCAAUGGAGGCGACGCUAGGGCCGGAAGUUUGAUUCCGGUGGUCGGUAUUGAGAGUGGCAUUAGCUUGGAUUACGACCGCAAAGGUGAAACCAUGUUCUGGGUUCAGGGCAAGGAGGAUGACGAUGAAAAUUGUACCAUUUUUACGGCUCCGUAUGGAGGUGGUAACAAGACGGAAUUCUUGGGCAUUGACAACGGAUUGGUGGGAGCUGCUUACACGAUUGCUUUCGAUUGGAUCGGAAGGAAUUUGUUCCUUGGAAAUAGGAUAGCGAGCAACAUCGAAGCGAUCAACGUCGAUGGAAAGGUUAGGUACAGGACGGUGGUUUUGGUGAACGAUGGUAACGCCACUUCGGUUGCUAAGCCCAAGCAGAUUGUGCUGGAUCCAACAAACGGAAAAUUGUUCUGGAUCGAUGAAGGUGGCUCGGGAGUACCAACGAAACUCGCUAUGGCAAAUAUGGAUGGGUCGAAUCCAACAAUAUUGGACAAAGACAUUCAAUAUCCUGAAGCUCUUACAGUUGACAUCGAGAAGAAAACCGUUUACUACAGCUCACAGUUCCCGCCGGAGGUCAAGUCGAUUGAGUACGACGGAACUAACAUGAAAACUGUCUUGAGUGAGAAGAAUUCCAUUUCGAAACCUAGGGGUCUUGGGGUACUGGAGUCCCGAUUGUACUUCAUGGAUCCGACUUACGAGAAAAUUGUUCGCGUCGAUCUACCCAAUGGUGACAAUCCUAAAACGAUAAUGGACAACGAACCGGAUCUGAAAAAUAUGAUCAUCUACAGGAAACGUUCGAUGGUUCAACACCCCUGUAUGAUGGGUAACGGAGGCUGUGAGCACAUCUGUAUUCCGGGUGAAAAUGGUGCUCGAGUUUGUGCUUGCGGUAUUGGGUAUAAGAAAGAAAGCGAAGUCGCUUGUACUCCGUACAAGACUUUUGCGGUGGUUUCGCAGCUGGACAUGACCCGAGGAUACAGUUUGAGCAACAGUGCUGAGGCGAUGGUUCCGAUUACCGGACCUGGACAUCACAUUCUGCACGUGGACAUUGUCUAUCGGGAAUCUUGGAUCUACUGGGUUGAGUAUAACCGGGGUCACUGGAAUGGUAUCUUCCGUAUUCGACCAAAUGGCACAGAGCUUACGAACGUCAUCAAGGAUGGUAUUGGAAGCAACGGCAUUCGAGGUAUCGCCAUCGAUUGGGUUGCCGGAAACAUGUACUUCACUAAUGUCUUCCCACACGAGAAUUAUGUCGAGGUCAGUUGGUUGGAUGGAACUCAUCGGAAGAUCAUUGUUAAAACUACUAAUGACGCUCCACGCGAGUUGGCUGUUAACCCGAUCAAGAGGGUACUGUAUUGGAUCGACUAUGGACAGUAUCCACGAAUCGGCAAAUGUUAUCUAGACGGAUCUGGUUGGACUCCGAUUGUAACGUCUGGCAUUUCGAAUCCACGGGAUCUGACAAUCGAUAUGCUGACGCAUGACGUUUUCUGGGUCGACUCCAAACUGGAUAUGAUUCAGAAGAUUUCCUACAGCGGAGGCAAUCGACAAGUGAUUAGAAGGAACCUUGCAAACCCAAUGGCGAUCGCCGUUUUCCUAACUGACAUCUACUGGGUCGAUCGAAACCUUCUGACAGUAUUCAAGGCAUCGAAAUUCCCCGGAAACAAUACCCUUCCGGAUAAAGUCCGAACAAACUUACAGAAGCUGCGAGACAUCGCAAUCUAUGACAUCAACACACAACCGAUGGACGAUAAUAACCCGUGCCUACGUUUGGGUAACGGUGGUUGCGACCAGCUCUGUUUCAGCUUCCCACCAGAGUACAAUCAGAAACCGAGCUUCAAGUGUGACUGUGCAGUCGGUCGUCUGGCAAGCGAUUCCCACAAAUGUGAACUAACCGACGAGUACGUUGUCUUCUCAACGCGAACGGAAAUUCGUGCUAUUGACCUGGAUCCGGCUUCAACAAAUGUGCCGUUUGCACCGGUUGUUAACCUUACAAACGUGGUCGGACUAGACUUCGACUACGCCGACAAUAAGCUGUUCUUCACGCAGAUUCGCCCGUGGGCGAAGAUUGCCUACACCAAGGGUGACAAACCGGAGGCCAGCAACAUUACGCCGGUCAUCUCACGGGGUAUCAAUCCCGAGGGAAUUGCCUACGAUUGGACCCAGAAGAAGAUCUACUGGACCGAUAGUUCGAACAAUUCGAUUUACGCCAUGAACUUGGAUGGAACGGAUUUGGUGAUGAUUGCUAGGGUUGAGCGACCUAGGGCUAUUGUGUUGGAUCCUUGUAACGGAACGCUAUACUUCACCGAUUGGGGACGGUUUGGAACUUCGGGUAAAAUCUUCCGCACGACUAUGGCCGGUUCGUUGAAACGAGCUAUCGUCGAUAAGGAUUUGUCACAACCGAGUGGGUUGGCUAUCGAUUAUGAUGAAAGGAUGCUGUAUUGGACCGAUGCUGUGAGAGAGAAAAUUGAACGAUCUCGGUUAGACGGAAAAAAUCGAGAGGUUCUGGUGUCCGCUACGAUUUAUCCAUUUGCGAUUACCGUAUUUAGAAACUACAUUUACUGGACGGAUUUGCAGUUGCGAGGGGUUUACAGAGCUGAGAAACAUACCGGUGCGAAUAUGGUUGAGAUGGUGAAGCGCUUGGAGGAUUCGCCACGGGAUAUUCACAUUUACAGUCAUACCCGGCAAAAAUGUCAAGCUAAUCCAUGUCUGCAGAACAACGGAGGAUGCGCUCAAAGCUGUCAUCCAGGUUUGAACGGUAAACCGGAGUGUAAAUGUGACGAUUCAACGAAACCGGUUAACGAAGGACGUAUGUGUGCCCCAAAGAACCAUACCUGCGAUGCUAGCAAAUUCUACUGUCAAAAUGGAAAGUGUAUCUCACGAAUGUGGUCCUGCGAUGGCGAUGACGAUUGUGGAGAUAAUUCGGAUGAAGAUACGAACUACUGUGCGUUCCAUUCAUGUGGACCGAACGAGUUCCGGUGCAACAACGGACGGUGUAUCUUCAAAUCGUGGAAGUGUGACCACGAAAACGAUUGCAAGGAUGGAUCUGACGAGGAGAACUGUUCGUAUCCACCGUGCGUCGAUGGAGAGUUUACCUGCUUGAACGGAAGAUGUAUCCCGCAGAGUCAAGUUUGUAACGGAGUAAACGACUGUAAGGACAAUGCUACUUCAGACGAAACGCACGAUCGUUGUCCAAAGAACACGACCUGCCCAGCGAAUCACCUCAAGUGUGACAAAACAAACAUCUGCGUUGAACCGUAUUGGCUGUGCGAUGGAGACAACGAUUGUGGUGACAACUCGGACGAAGAUCCACUGCACUGCGCGCAGAGGACUUGUCCACAGAACAGCUUCCGUUGUCCGAAUCAUCGAUGUAUUCCGGCCACCUGGUAUUGCGACGGAGAUGACGAUUGCGGAGAUGGUGCCGACGAACCUCCGGAGUACUGCAAAUCGGAAGGCAGAACCUGUUUCGGGGAUCUGUUUACCUGUGAUAAUGGAAACUGUGUCCCUAGGAUUUAUAUUUGUGACGGAGAUAACGAUUGUUUGGACAACAGUGACGAAGAUAAUCGGCACCAGUGCAACGAUCGGAAGUGUGACGAGGAGACGGAGUUCACCUGUAUGGAGAACAAGAACUGGGGACGGGCGCAGUGUAUCUCGAAGAAGUGGAUCUGCGACGGAGAUCCAGAUUGUGUGGAUGGGGCCGAUGAGAACACGACGAUACACAAUUGUCCGACACCGCAGCCUUGUGCUGAGGAUCAGUUCACUUGCUCCAAUGGACGCUGUAUCAAUCAGGGAUGGGUCUGCGAUCACGAUAACGAUUGUGGAGAUGGAUCGGAUGAGGGUAAAAACUGCAACAGCCAGUACAAAACCUGUUCGUCGCAGGAAUUCACCUGCCAGAACUUCAAGUGCAUUAGGAAUCAGUACCGGUGCGAUGGGGAGGACGAUUGUGGCGAUCACUCGGAUGAAACGGACUGUAAGAAGGAGAACAGUACCUGUUCCGAUGGACAAUUUACCUGUACCAAUGGGCAGUGCAUUGAUUACGGAUUGGUUUGUAACAAGGUUGCGGAUUGUACGGAUGAAUCGGACGAACCGCUGCACUGCAAUGUUGAUGAGUGUGCGAAGGUUGAGAUUCACCGGUGCGGACACAAGUGCGUGGAUACUCUGACAGGAUAUUUCUGCGACUGUAACCAUGGAUAUAAGUUGCUGGAAGACGGCAAAGCCUGUGCAGAUAUUGACGAGUGUAUCGAGACGCCGGGGGUUUGUUCGCAGCACUGCUCGAAUACGCCCGGUGGAUAUUACUGCAAGUGCGACGAUCGGUACUACGAGCGGCAAAACGAUGAGCACACAUGUAAGCGAAAGGAUGCGACCGAGCCGUGGCUCAUCUUCAGCAACAAGUACUACGUUCGGAACAUGUCUGUCGAUGGGCACCAGUACAAUUUGAUCCACCAGGACCUGAUGAACGUGGUGGCGAUCGACUUCGACAUCAAGGACGAGGAGAUGUACUUUUGCGAUGUGACGGCCAAGACCAUCUUCAAGUCUAAAUUCGGGUCGGUUAAGAACGACAUCAAGAUUGAGAAGGUUGCGGUUAUCAAACAUGAUUCUCACGGUUUGGAGGGUAUUGCCAUUGAUUGGGUUGGUCGCAAAUUGUACUGGUUGGACAGACAUUCGAAGAACUUGGACGUUUCCGAGUUGGAUGGAACUAAGCGGAAAACGUUGAAGAGUGGUGUGGUCGAUCCGAGAGCUAUUGUCGUUCAUCCAGGUAUCGGUUAUCUGUACUUUACUUCGUGGCAUCUGCAGGCCUACAUUGCCAAAAUGGGUAUGGACGGAUCAAACUUCACCAGAAUCCUAACAUGGGAAGAUGACAUUGCUUGGCCGAACGCCCUAACGAUCGACUACUUCACGGACCGCAUCUACUGGGCUGACGCUCAUUUAGAUUACAUUGCAUUUGCUGAUUUGGAAGGUCGCCACCGACAUGUUGUCCUAUCCGGAAACAAAGUUCCACACGUAUUUGCAUUGUCCAUCUUCGACGAUCAGCUUUAUUGGACCGAUUGGAAUCUGAAGGCAAUCAUUCGAGCAAACAAAUUUACUGGAGCGAACUUCACCGUUAUUCGUAACACAACCCACAGGCCGUACGAUGUCCACAUCAGUCAUCCGCUUCGACAGGUCCCCUACAACAAUCCCUGCGGAGCGAACAACGGAGGUUGUACACACCUCUGUCUACUGGCUCCACCACUGGAAUCCACCUACCUGAACGUCGAAGGAUACAUCGAAGAGGGUGCACCAAGCUACAAGUGCGCUUGCCCGAAUCAAUUCUACCUGGCAAGGGAUUCGAAGACAUGUAUCGCCAACUGCACAGCUGGACAGCAUCGUUGCGGUGGCACGGACGAGAAGUGUAUCCCGUGGUUCUGGAAGUGUGACGGCGAGCCAGACUGUAAGGACAAAUCGGAUGAACCGGAGUCGUGUCCAGCGCGGCAUUGUCGGGCAGGAACCUUCCAGUGCGGCAACGGCAACUGUACUCCUUCGACGACGAUCUGCGAUGGGACGGACGAUUGCGGAGACGGAAGCGACGAACAGAACUGUGAUCUACCUUGUCCGGUGUCAGACUUUAAGUGUAAGUCCAGUGGAAGGUGUAUUCUGGACAGCUGGAAGUGCGACGGUGAUGCCGACUGUAAGGAUGGCAGCGACGAAGACCCGGAAAUUUGCCAUAAACGCUCCUGCGACCCGGAGACGGAGUUCAGCUGCAAGAAUGGCCGCUGCAUUCCUAAGCUGUGGAUGUGCGACUUCGACAACGAUUGCGGCGAUGAUUCGGACGAGCCGGCGUACAUGUGCCGGCAACGAAACUGCACAACCGGGUGGUCUCGGUGUCCAGGCCAGUCGAAUUAUCGGUGCAUUCCGAAGUGGUUGUUCUGCGAUGGUAAGGAUGAUUGUCGGGACAAUAGCGACGAACAGCCGGAGAACUGCCCCAAGUGCAAUUCGGAGACGGACUACAAGUGUGGCAACAAUCGGUGUAUUCCAAAACAAUGGAUGUGCGACUUCGCGGAUGAUUGCGGAGAUGGAAGCGACGAAUCGGACGCACAAUGCAAGGGUAAGUACCGAGAGUGUUCGGAGUCGGAGUUCCGGUGCGGCAAUGGAAAGUGUAUUUCGAGCCGGUGGCGCUGCGAUCACGAGGACGACUGUGGAGACAACUCGGACGAGUUCAAUUGCGAAGGGUUCCAGUGCAAGAAUGGGACGUUCCAGUGCGCUUCCGGGCACUGUAUUGCUUCGUACUUCCGGUGCGAUGGUGAUCGCGACUGUCGGGAUAUGUCUGAUGAGAUGGGCUGUCCACCGAGGUUCCCGGGAGGUCGAUACUGUCCGGAGUCCAGGUUCCAGUGUACUAAUAACCUGUGCGUAUCGCCUUCGGAUCUAUGCGAUGGUACGGAUGAUUGUGGAGAUAACUCGGAUGAAUCGGCCUCGGUGUGUACAAACUUCAACUGUGACACGUUGCGAAGGUUCCAGUGUGCCAAUCAUCGCUGUGUAGCUCGGUACCAGAUUUGUGAUGGCGUUGAUAACUGUGGAGACGGAUCGGAUGAAAACAAUAUGACACUGUGCGCUAGUAGGGUGAAACCGUGUGAUCUAUACACGCAAUAUCAGUGUGCGAACAAGAAGUGUAUCGAUCGGGCUCAGAUUUGCGACUACUCGGAUGAUUGCGGAGACAGUUCGGAUGAGCUGGGCUGCCACCAUACCAGUACUUGUUCGUCGUUGACCAAGGGAGGUUGUGAACAUCAUUGUACGAAUCUUACGGAUGGAGGGUAUAUCUGUGCGUGCUACCCUGGAUUCAUCAUUGAUGCACAGAACAAGAAACACUGUCUGGACAUCGACGAAUGCGCUACUGGAACGCACAAGUGUUCUCAGAUUUGUACCAACAUGAAUGGAACUUAUGCUUGUUCGUGCCGAGAUGGAUUCCGACUGGCUGAUGCUGUUUCCGGGGUUUGCAAGGCCCUGCAAGAAGACGUUCUGGUUAUUUUCGCAAGUGGACCGGAGAUUCGAGCAUAUGAUUUGAAGAUCAACGAUCAGUUCGACGUCAUUGGAGGGGAGAAACGAAUUGAGGCUCUCGACUACCAUCCGAAGGCCGAGAUGAUCUUCUGGGCUGACAGCUACGACAAAUCGAUCAAGCGAAGCUUCAUGGUGAACGCCGCCAAUGGAGAGGCCAAGAUCGGCUACGCUCAGGAUUUGAACAUGAAGGGUAAUUCUAAGCCAACGGCACUAGCAGUAGAUUGGAUCGGGGAUAACUUGUACUGGUCGGAAACUGAUCGUACCGGAUCGAAACCACGCGGAAAGAUUAUGGUUGCCAAGACCGAUGGUCGAUACAGAAGGGCUUUGGUAAACGCCGGCCUUGAGGUUCCAACGUCAAUUGCCGUCGAUCCACAGCUGGGACGAAUGUUCUGGGCUGACGCUGGUUCGGCACCGAAAAUAGAAGUUUCCUGGAUGGAUGGAUCCAAGCGAAGGCCGCUCAUUACGGAAGCUAUUCGACAUCCUGCCGGUCUGACGAUCGAUUACUCGCAGGACCACAUGGUGUACUGGGUCGAUACCAAGCUAAACACGAUCGAAGUCAUGAAACCGGACGGUUCCAUGCGCAAGUCUAUUCUGAAGGGCGAAAUGUUGAAGCACCCGGUAUCGUUGGAUGUGUUCGAGUCGUACCUGUACUGGAUCACCCGGGACACGGGUGAGCUGCUGCGGCAGGAUAAGUUCGGCCGCGGCGUUCAGGUCGCCGUCCAGAGAAGCCUCGCCAAUCCUUCUAGUUUGAAGAUCUACCACCAACUUCGCUACAACACAUCGCUGAACAAUCCUUGUUACACGAAUCCGUGCUCACAUCUGUGCCUGUUAGUCCCAGGUGGACGUCGUUGCUCGUGUCCCGAUAACACCGUUUCGCAACCUUCACACCGAAGCACGACUGAAAUAGUUUGCGAUGCGCCUGCCGAACGGCCAAGACCUGCACCACGAGUCUGUCCCUGCCAGCACGGUGGGCUCUGCGUCGAGGACGACGCCGGCAGUGGUUUGCUGUGUGAGUGCCUGUCGGAAUUCAGCGGCCCGCACUGCGAGUUCUACAGCGAACGAAUGUUCGGCUCCAGUCCGGGCAGUGCAGCCGCCAUCUACAUCCCAAUCCUGGUGGCCAUUCUGAUAGCGGCCACUGUUGGGCUGUACUUCGUCAUCAAAAAGCGACCGUUCGGCAAACCAAGCCUGACGUCGUCUCAGAGCGUCUCGUUCCGACCGGGAACGAACGUGGAGUUCAACUCGCCCGAGUUCCCGUCCAAUCGACCGGCGACCGGAGUCAUUCCGGCGGGUGGUGGCGUAGCCCCCCUAGAUGGGUUCAGCCUCGACACGCUGAACAACAAAACGACAGACUUCAGCAAUCCGAUGUACGACGCGGUACAGUCCGGCGUAAACGAUCCGAACAUCAGCAAUGGUGCGGGCAUUUACGAAGUCCCAUCGGACGUUCCUUCAAAGGGUAAGGGCAGUGGCUCCACGCAGACCAGCGCCGGACCAUUCACGGAGCCGGUCUCCGCCAUUCUGGCCCCGAGCAGUAUAACGCAUCGGACGUCACCGCAGCUACAUCUGCGGCCGAAAGAGCUGAGCCCUUCGUCGCACGACACCGGCCGCGAUACCCAGCUGCUGGUCGAGGAGGACAAAUCCGAGUGCUGAUAGGUUGAUACACAUACAGACAUAAACACCACAGAUAAGCAUACACAGACACACCUACUUCAAACAAUUCCAUAGAAAAUUUUGCACGUACUCGUGGAUGUGUGAACGUGUCCCGAGGGACACGUUCGACGUAAAGAACGGAUCAGCAAACAAGCAAGACGAAAUAUUUAUAUUAGAUGAGAUAGGCGUUUGUUAGAUGGAGCCAAGCUCAAACGGACGCACGAAGUUUGCUGAACAUCCACCCGUAACUUUCCUUCAGACUUACAAAAACAUACACAUUCAUUCUUUUAUCGGUUUCCUCGAGUAGCUUUUGAACGUACUCCCGUGCUUUGAAUUUUGAAAACCUUUAAAUUUCAGGUUAGUUGCAGUCCUUCAGCUUACCAAAUGAAUUUCAUAAUCAAGAGGGCCAGUUAUGACAUUUCAAAUUCUAUUUUCUCCACUCCAAUGGACUAGUAAAACAUUUUUGUGUAAUGAGAUUGUUUCUGUAAAUGUCAUGGUAAAAUUUAACAAAACUUACCGAAAACUAACAUUGACUUCAGCAAUUUUUUGUUGGCCAUUCGUUAAACUUUUUAGCUGAUUUUCGUUAUUUUUUCAAAGUUAAACAUGGAUUCGGCAACUUUUUUCAGCAAUUCUUAAGACUUUUCAGCUGUUUUCCAUAAUUUUUCACAAGCAAAACAUUGAAUUCAGCAUAAUUUUUCAUCUAUUCAUCAGUUUUCAGCUGUUUUCCUAUUUUCACAAGCAUUACGGCAAGUGUUGUCACUCAUUUGUGUUUUUUUUUAGCUUUGAUUCAUUAUUUUUCACAAGCAUAUCAUUGAAUUCGAAAACUUUGUCAGCAGUGCGUAAAACUUUUUUGUUGAUUUGCCCACAAGCAAAACUUUUCAAUUCGGCAAAAUUUGUCAAUCGCCAAUGACAACGCCAAAAAGAUUUUUUUUUAUUUCGCAUUCACGUUCAGUCAGAUAAACUUGAUUUUUUGAGGCCAUUUUCCAAAAUCCAAAAUCUAAAAAAAAAAAAGGUGAAUUUAAUAAUUGUUAAACUGUUGUUUAGAUAAACAAAAAAUUUCAAAGCGGGGUACGUUCAUAAAAAGUUUUUUUUCAUGGUUGAGGAAAAAGAGAAAAGAAUCACAAACAUACACACAAAUGAACAAUCAAACAUACACAAACACUGACAGAAAAAAAACAUAAUUAUAAAAAGCAAACAAGAACUUUGUAAAUGGAAAGUUUCAAGGAACUGUUUUGUACAUAGUCUCGUAACUGUAGUUGUCGUUAUAUUUUUAAAUGAUGAUAUUUAUACGUGAACAAGCUGCUGCUGCACAAACGGCUGAAGCGUGUAAAUUGUGCACACCAAGCAAGAAAGAGCGAGAGAGAAUGAUUUACGAUGAAUUUCAAUCAACACACAAACAAGUAGGCAAACGGAUAAAAACUAGGAGGAACAACAAUUUAAAAUCCCGGUACGGACAUCUACCUACUAUUAGAAAAAAACAAUAGGUUGAGUGCUACACGUCGCGUUAGGUUGAAAGUUUGUUGUACUAUUAUUACAUUACUCUUUUAUGUUAGAACACACCAGCAAUGGGUGGACCCCGAACGAGGGUCCAAUUGAUCAAAAUUUUAUGAGAGAAUAAUCCUGUUAUUGUGAGACGUAGAGUUGCUUUUAUAUACAUAGAUAUGAAAUAUGAAUUUAAAAAAACAAAAGAAAAAAAAUACAUAAAACUGUGACAUUUGACUGAUUGUGCAAUUGUUGUGAACGUAUAAGUGAGGAACUGAGAGAGCGAGAGCGAUAUAUAAGCAAUUGGGGUAGAAAGUAAAAAAGGUUUAUUAAUACAACUAGUGCAUACUUUUGAUAUUCUUCAAACCGCAUAGUAAGAGACAUGAAAAAGAUGAAAACCCGGUUUUAUCAGUUACAGUUUCUUCGCUCCAAUUAGCACGGACCUACCUAAAGUGAAAAUAAAAAAAAAACAUAAAAACACAAACAAAAACACACACAGACAAAGGUGAUAUAAUUUUACAAAACACUGAAACAUUCACAAACCAAGCAUUCCAGUUUAAAAUAAAGAGAAAUAAAAAAAGAGCUUCUCAGCCGAGAUGUUAGUUAGAAGAGAAAAGAAAAAGUUAUUCCCAAACUACUAGCAGUAAUCCGUCCAGGAGAGAGAAAAUUAUUACAAAAGUAAUUGAAAAUAUUUUUUGAGAACAAUAUUGAAAAACGAAAUCAACUGUAAAGCAAGUGCCUAAAAUCGAAUCACAAUAGAUGAUACCUAAUACAACUAUCAAAAAAAGAGACAAUAAAGUGCGUGUGGUUUUUAAAAUCCCAGAAGGUAAAAGAAGAUAAAACAAGUGAAAACAAGUGAAAACAAACAACACGACAGCAACUGUAAACUAAGGCACAAACACACACACACACAUUCUAGGGUAGUAAAGCAGAGUUCUAGCAAGUGUACUACUAAAUUACUACGACAGAGAGAGAGAGAGAGGACGAGAGAGAUUUUAAGUGAAAGAGACAGUCCACUCCGCUCCAAGUUUAAGAUUCGGUUGAACGAGCGUGAUUUCCUACCUAAACAUAUAACGUAUAUUUUUCCUUACCCCAGCAAACCCUCAGAUCCUUUCCAGGGAGUAACCAAAACAUAUCAACAACACACACGUUACUAGCGAGAGUAGCUAGAUAGGGUCCAAUCGCGUCCUUUCCAAUGUUCGCGUUUGCUAUUGAGGGAUUAAGCUGAAAGAAAAGAGAACAUCAACAAUGAGAAGAUCAAUUGGGACAGAGUUAUUUUAAAAGGAACUGUUUUAAUAAAUAAAAAAAAGUAUUUUAAAGAGA